AUGACCACAGAUUUGCCUCCUUUCGAAAUCACGAAUUGUUUCUCGUCAGCCCAAUGUAUGUCGGGCAACAUACCACAGGAAUGUCAGAAUAGCAACCUCAUCUGCCCAGCCCUGCCACUCAACCCCGUCGAUUCUCAAAUGUCCUUUUCGUCAGGUGGCUUCAAUUCAAAUGCUGUGACCAGCAGUGAUUCCGAAGACUCUAUUAGCGGCAAGCCAGCACUGUCAGAGGCAACAAUGCUACCAAAUCUUGCUCGACCAACAAGACCACAUCGUCGAAUUCCGCAUACUGUCAUAGAGCGACGCUACCGAGACAAUCUCAACACUCAGAUCGAGACCCUACGACUGUCGCUUCCUUCGCUCAAGAAUGCCUAUGUCUGCUCGCCGGACGUCGAAGAUAGCGCAUUACCGCCUCGACUACCCUCGAAAGCUAUGAUUAUUGCCACGGCCUCCACGUACAUCAAGGAGCUUGAGGUGGAGAGAACACGAGCUGUGGAAGCUGCGAGCAAUCUCCAACAGGAGGUCGCAGAUCUGCAAAAAUUGAUUCAGUGCAAUGACUGCUCGAUACUGCAAUAUCUGCAAGCGGCCAGCAGUGACCGGUCUCAACUGGCCGGAUAG